AUGCCGGGCACGCCCACUGCUCGUGUGAUGGAGGUGGAGGGUGUUGACACCAGCAAGAUUGAGGAUUUUCCUUUAUCGGGUUUAAAGGUCGUCGGAGCAGUUCAGAUUGGACUAGGGGCAAUUUGUAUUACACUGGGUUUGGUUGAUAUCCUCAUGUAUGUUUUUGAAGACCAGGAAACGCUGUUUGCCACAUCAGCCACGCCCAUUUCGUCGGAACUGCAAGAGGCACGAUCUACGCUUAUGUCAUUGACAAUAUCCUCCGCUCCAAUCUGGUGUGGUCUAUGGUUCUGUGUCGCCGGAGCUAUGGCCGCAUGCAUGUCACAGAGAAACAAAUCGACGCUCAAUUAUUUUAAACUAACCUUCCUGGUACUGAGUAUAAUGAACGCCGCCAUCUUUGGACCUGUGUGUAUGACAAUAACAACUGUUGUCUCAGUCAUGAGACAUUCGAUGGAUGCCGAGACGUACCGAUGGUUGAUCCCAAUUCUAACAGCUUUCUUCUCCUUCAACGAGAUUGCAUUCGCUAUCGUAUCCGCUUCUAUCUGUUGUUGUUGUUCCCCUCUCAGGACCAACCGGGUAAAAGUUCUCUUGGCUACCCAGAGGGAAGAUAGUAAGCUGUUCACCGUAUCCAACAAACUGGCGGAACCGGAACCGGAACCACAAAAGAAACCACAAAACGUGAACAAAAAGCCAGAUCGAUGGCCAAAAAAGGAAAACAAACCGAUCCAGGAAGAACCAGUUGUCAUCGAUGAGGAGCCAUAUUUUCCUACCGAAAGCGUGACUAAUCACAGGGACCGCCCAACCACGAAAGAUUCCGUCACCAGCUAUGUCCGAUUGAAGAGACUGGCACUCCCAUCGUCCGAACAAGUUGCUACAUUCUAA